GUGAGUUUGGAGAAGUAUGCAGCGGGCGUCUGAAGACACCAGGAAAAAGAGAGAUACCUGUGGCAAUUAAAACUCUAAAAGGCGGCUAUGUGGACAGGCAGAGAAGAGAUUUCCUGAGAGAGGCUAGUAUCAUGGGACAAUUUGAUCACCCAAAUAUCAUUCGUCUUGAAGGAGUUGUUACAAAAAGAUCCUUUCCGACCAUUGGGGUGAAGUCUCUUUCGAGAUUCCUGAGGGCGGGAUUUUUAAAUAGCAUCCUGGCCUCACAUCCAGUGUCAGGGGGUGGAUCUUUACCCCCCAGCAUUUCCUCUGGCAGACCAGUAAUGAUUGUAGUUGAAUACAUGGAGAAUGGAUCCCUUGACUCCUUCCUGCGGAAGCAUGAUGGCCACUUCACAGUCAUCCAGCUGGUUGGCAUGCUGCGGGGGAUUGCAUCUGGCAUGAAAUACCUCUCAGACAUGGGCUAUGUACACCGUGAUCUGGCAGCCCGGAAUAUCUUGGUCAACAGUAACCUCAUGUGUAAAGUCUCCGAUUUUGGUUUGUCACGAGUGUUAGAGGACGAUCCUGAAGCUGCUUACACAACAAGC